CGUGUGCUUGUGACGUUAUUUCUGGGCGACCCCUUUCCUGUGCGUUGAGUUUCCAGGCUGCUUUUCUAAACUAUGCCGAAGGUAGUGUCCCGGUCGGUGGUCUGCUCCGACACCCGUGACCGGGAGGAAUAUGACGACGGCGAGAAGCCCCUCCACGUCUACUACUGUUUGUGUGGCCAGAUGGUCCUGGUGCUGGACUGUCAGUUAGAGAAAUUGCCCAUGAGGCCCCGGGACCGGUCCCGUGUGAUUGAUGCUGCCAAACAUGCUCACAAAUUCUGUAACACAGAAGAUGAAGAGACUACGUUUCUUCGGAGGCCUGAAGGCAUUGAACGACAGUACAGGAAGAAGUGUGCAAAGUGUGGACUGCCACUCUUCUACCAGUCCCAGCCGAAGAAUGCUCCCGUGACCUUCAUUGUGGAUGGAGCAGUAGUCAAGUUUGGCCAGGGUUUUGGGAAAACUAAUAUAUAUACUCAGAAACAAGAACCUCCUAAGAAGGUGAUGAUGACCAGGCGGACUAAAGACAUGGGCAAGUUCAGCUCUGUCACUGUGUCUACCAUUGAUGAAGAGGAGGAAGAGAUUGAGGCUAGGGAAGUUGCUGACUCCUAUGCACAGAAUGCCAAAGUGAUUGAAAAACAGCUGGAGCGCAAAGGCAUGAGCAAGAGGCGACUGCAAGAACUGGCUGAACUGGAAGCUAAGAAAGCUAAAAUGAAGGGGACCUUGAUUGACAACCAGUUCAAAUGACCCGGACCUUUCUCUGAGCCCAGACUGGAGGCAAGCACUUAGAUCAGGAGGAAAAAUAACUUCUUGACUACAUGGACUAGUUCCUAUUUAUAACCCAGCAGAAGGCUUUAUGUUGCUUCGCAUGGAUUCUCCUACAUUCAGUGAGGUUGAGUCCAUUUGACCUGCUUUCUAUGAGAUUAAUUUUUCCAAAUCUUUCUGUAUAUAGGUUUUCUGUACUAUUUUUUGUCCAUUUGAUGUAAACUUCUUCAGCUGUGUAGAAACUUUAUGAACAGAUCAGUGGUUGAGUGUCUCUAGUUUCUAAAGUGGCUGUUUUUAUUCCUUCUUGAAAGUUAAAUGUUUAAAGAUAUUUUUUUUAAAAUGUGUUAUAGAGAAAUGCAGUGUGAAUUAUAUUUAAACUUACAGCAAGUCAGAUCCUUCUAAGUGACUUUGUUUUUAGAAUGGGCAAUGGUUUGAAUCUUUCUACUGUCAGAGGAGAGCCAUUAAAAGCUAAAAUAUGCAUAAAGCUUCUUUUAUGUUAAACAUUAAAGCUAUAGGUAAGCAUCGCAUAUCAGACUUUAUACUUAAAGAAAGAAAAGUCAGAUUGGAGUAAGGGGGUAGGAUAGCACAGAUCUGAAUGAAAAUAGGGUCUUGAUAAAUAACCUACUGUCUAGUCAGGCAGCUCAGAGAACUGCUUCCCUGGAUAUAUGGGAGGGAGACAUAGAUUAAGAAGUGAUACUGAGAUAACAGUAAAAUUAUCUGUUGGGUAUCUUUUAUAUUUGCCAUUUGCAGAGGAGUGUUGUGUAUAUAAAUGUUAUUUUAUGUCACACUGCUUCAAUGAUAUCAAUAUCCAUGUGUUUGUAUUCAUGUUUCUAUCUUUUCACCUGUAUUACCUGUGUAGGGACAGGAGGUGUGUUAACCUCCCUGUGUUAUCUACAAUGGGUUGCACUUAAUAGGUGUCCAAGGCGUGUUUGUGAGGUGCUGCUGGCAAGUACUAAGGCAGUUUUCUUUGCUUUUUUUCUGAUUUAUUUGCAAGGAAAAGUAGUGGAGUGUAGACAGAUGUGAGCAAGAAGGAACUUGGAAAAAGAGGGGUGGGAAGUCCCAGAGUGGGGCUGAGCUACCAUCUUCCCAGUUAUUCUCCUGCAUCCAAUGAAAUCUUUGCAACUGAGUCUUCCUUACCACCUCAUUUCCUGUCCUCAUCCAUCAUGAAGAUGACCAACCAUAACCUCCUCAAAAUUCCUUAACCUUAACUCAAGACAAUGAUCUUUACUCCACUUUAGCCACAAACUCCCAUGACCACAGCCUGUAUAUCACCUACACCACCUACAAAAUCCGGUAUUCUGUUCUCUGAUCACAGCCUCCUAUCAUUGCUACUCUCAUACACUCACUUCCUCUAAGCCUAUUUUAUUUUGUUUUUAGAUUUGAAGGAUGAUUAUUUUAUAAGUAAUAAUGAUGAAAAUAGUAGUAGUAAUAGCAGCGAUAAUACUGGCUACCUUUUGUUGAGUACUUACUAUGUGUCAGAUACCAUGGAAGCACUUUACAGGUAUUAAUCCUUUUUUUUUUUUUUUUUUUUUUGGCAGCUGGCUGCUAGGGGAAUCCAAACCCUUGAUCUUGGUAUUAUAAUACCACGCCCUAACCAGUCAAGCUAACUGGCCAGUCCCUAUGGGUAUUAUCUUAAUCUAAACAACACGAUAAUCCUAUGAGAUAGGUUUAACUGUUACCAUUCUCAUUUUACAAAUGAGUAUUCUGGACUCAGAGAAUUUAAGUUUCCCAAGAUGCCAUAGCAUCUUGAUAAAGCCAAAAACCUGACUGUAGAACCUGAGCUCUGAACUACUAUGUUGAACUACUUCUGUGGAAUUUUUAAAAAAUAUAUUAUUGAGAACAGAUGGUGAUUUCAUUUUGAGAAACCAAGUAAAGUGCAAUGUAAAGACAUUUGCAUAGAGGACUCCUUGUAGCAAAUGUGUGGUUUCCUUUCCGUAUGUUUUCUGAAAUAUUUGUCCUUAAAUACUAAUCCUUAAUCAUUUUUACAUCUGGCUCAAAUUAUGCAUUUUGCUUCAUCUAUAAGACUGUAAAACUUUAUGCCAUUAGCACCAAGCAAGCAUAUACUCUUCAUUAUGUUUUAUUCUUUCAUAUUGAAAUAGUUAUUAAAGUAACAUGGCAUAGUUUUUCUAUUUCUUUAUUAACUUGUAGUAUUUUAGCAGCAAAUACAGUGUUUUAAUGUUAGUAUAAAGAGCCAUGUUGCAAUUAUGGAAAGUCUUAUUCUAUUUUUUGUUUGUUUCUGCAAAUUAUUGACUGUGACAAAAUAUCAAAAUGUUGUGAAAUGUUCCCUCUGUAAUAAUUGGUGGCAUUUGGAAGUGUAACUUAAUUGUUUAAGAAAAAUUGAAAAGCAUUUUGAAAACUACCUGGUCUCAACCACUUUAGGAUCCUUAUCACUGUGGACCAUGUCUCUUUAGUCUCCUCUGAUUCAUGAUGGUUUCUUGGUGGUAUUUUGUGAUUUUAAUUCGCAUUUCCUUAAUGACAAAUCACAUUGAACAUAUUGUGCUUGUUUUUCUUAUUGUGUAAAAAAUACAUAACAUAAAAUUUACCAUGUUAA